GUCAUUUAGCCAUCUCAAAGAUGAGACGAUUAAAAUAUAGUUAUGACUACCACAAUUUUUGAGAAAACCUGUGCGUCCAAUGGGCCUGGAAAGCAAGACUACAAUUUACACGUCUGUUGCACCUGAUUUAUGACUGUGGAUGACUUGAUAUUCUUCCUAGUGGCAUAUCUAAGAUUCCGGGGGUAAAGUAAGCAGUUCUUUUCACUAUU